AUGGCGCAUUUCUCCCAAAUCACAAACCUAGCCGAAUACGCCGCCUGCAUCAAAGCCACAGCCGGCAAAACCGUCCUCCUAGCCUACUGGCCCGAAGACGAAACCACUAACGAGGUAGCCACGGCCCUGCAAAAGCUGCUCCCAUCAACAUCCUACGAACAGUACGAUGUAGUCGACAUAUACUGCUUCGACAUGUACUCACUGCCUGAUCUGGGCAAUAUGCUAGAUGUGAGCUUUGUGCCGACGCUGAUGUGGUUCAUGGAUGGGGUUAUGGAUGCGAUUGUUUGGCAUGAGGGGUGUGCGAUUGAGGGGGAGAGUGUGGAGAGGGGGGUUAAGAGGGUGGUGGAUAGAAUUAAGGAAAUAUGCGAUCUGGACCCAUUUGAAACCAUACAAAUACCAGCCCCCCUGCUCUACUUCUACUUAAAUAUCGAUCCUUUGCUUAGUAUUACCCCGAUAUUCGCCUUUCCUACACCAGGUACCCAAACGACAAUGGCGGGAGUCAACAGGGAACAAGUACUGAUCGAUGCUUUGAUCCAGGAGAUACGGCAGAAAGAUGAAGAGAUUGAGGCCAUGCGAAAGCAGAAGCGCGACGACGACUUAGCCCUCCAUAUCGCCCGAGGGAGGAUUGCUCAGCUUGAGAGGCAGAUAAACUUGAGACCACAGCCCUGGGCAAGUGCGUCUGAGACUGGUCGAGGAGAGCACAACAACGAUGAGUCUAGCCGUCCUUUCGCUGGUAAGGUAAAGUCUACUGCUGCCGCUGCCACUGGUAAGGCGCUCAAGGGCAAACAGCCAGUCAUGCCGACUACAAAAGCAUCGCUUUCGUCCGAGAAGUUUCAAAUCCCCGGAAAGAAAAGGAAAAAACACUGGUACAAUUCCUGGCUGAAGACCAACAUGAAGAUAGACUACAGCAACGACAGGGUUUACGAGAUGAAGCUCCCGUGUUUCGACCCCGAUUUCGCCCAUGUAGGCAUUGCACGUCCAGUAGAGAACCCUGAAGAUCGGCACAAAGAGUGCUACCAUUGCCUUCAAUCGUAUGAACUCAAGGAUUUGUGGGAUCACUUGGAUGUCUGCUGGGCUUUCUGGAAACUUGCCGUGCGCUGUGGGCAUUGUGACAAGAUCUUCAAACUCAACGAUGCGUUCUUCCUUCAGCACGAGCGUGAGUGCCUGUCGCAUUUGGAUCCUACUGAGAUGUGUAAGGGCCAUUUCACGCUGGCGGCGGAUGCUAGGGUAUGA